AUGCUCAGGUAUAAGGAAAAGCGAUGGGAUUCUAAAAGAAUGAUUGAUUCUGGUGGAAUGCCGUCAUCCCAUUCUGCAACUGUGAUGGCUCUAGCAGUAGCAAUUGGUCUACAAGAGGGAACAGGAGGACCAAGUUUUGCCAUAGCAGUUAUCUUGGCCUGUGUGGUGAUGUAUGAUGCCUCUGGAGUCAGACUUCAUGCUGGUCGGCAAGCUGAAUUGUUGAACCAAAUUGUCUGUGAAUUUCCUCCUGAACACCCUUUAUCUAGUGCUAGACCUUUGUGCGAUUCACUUGGGCAUACUCCACUCCAGGUAGUCGCUGGUGCUGCGUUGGGAUGCAUAGUAGCUUAUUUGAUGAAAAAUUCCAAUUAA